GCGUGGAGCCGACAGCAGGCCCGCCACCUGCAGAACCGCUGCCCGUCGUCGAGUGCCGCCCAGAGUACAUGAUGGCGGACGCACUGCCGCUCACUCUCUGGGACUGCGGCUACCCCGAGGGCGCGGUCAAAUGGCAGCCGGAGACGCGCGACCCGCACUCGAUGGCAUACUAGACUCGACCGCGGAGCGCUCGCUCAUACAGACGACGCUGUGGCAGCACUUUGUCGAUGCGGGCAGGCUGCUGAAGCACGGGCCAGAGCCGAAUCAGACGGUGCUCAGCCGUGUCCUGCCAGGGCCGCAGCUGCGUGCUGUCGUCCCGUUGGAACACACAGCGCCGACGACAGAAGCUGACGACAAGACCGCUGCCGCUGUGAGAGACGCUAUCCCUCGGAACGUCUUCAUUCCCCUUGGUGGCGGCACUCAUCGCAAGAUGAUGACCGCCAAGUACGUGCCGGUCUUACAGCGCAACCGCCUCGAGCACUUCGAGGUCCAGAACGCGCGUUGGCGGGAGAAGGCGCGGCAGAAGGGGCUGAAAAUUCCAGACCAUGCUCCCGAGGAUGCGGAAGAGUAGGCUGAGGAUGCGGACCAGGGACAAGCCUGCCUGAGCAGCUCGACACAUAGGAGAGCAGCACCAUCUUGUAUAGACGCAAAAAGGCGCGCCUACUAGUGUGACGUGACCAGUGACCACGAACAAUGCGCAGGCGGAGUCGGUAAUUGCCGGAACACCUUGUCCAGAACAAUGGAGGCGACAUAGCGCC